AUGCGCUCGCUCACCUCCGUCGGUGGUGUUGGAGGCGCCGGCAUCAACAACAGCAACAGGAAUACGCCGUCCAGAUGCGACAAUCUGUCGACUGUAUCUGGUGCCUCGACUUCUUCACCAAGACCUGAUCUGGCAUCUAAGUCACCGCCGCCGCCGCCACAUCCCACCACCUCCACCAUCAUCACCCGCCCCCAGCAGAACAAGCUGCAUCCCCAAAAACAUCUCCUCCAGAAGCCGCCGCCCGACUCGUCCCGACCAAGGCGGAACAUCAGGCCAUCCAUUUCACCCGCCAUCCGCAACCCCGCCACAUCUGCUCAUCAGACGCAGUCAACAUCGGCCACUGCAGCAGCAACAUCCAACUCUGCGUCAACUUCGUCCUCGUCUUCGCCGGCUGCCGCAGCCGUCACCGCCGCUGCCAGUCGCAAACCCCACCAAGCCUGCCGCCGAUCUGCCACCUACCGCCGCCGCUGCCACUGGCCCACCAACGACAACCGGGCCCAGACGCAUCACAGCUGCAUCCACUACCACCAAAACAACCACCACCACCUCCUCCUCCAACUCCAACCCAAACACAACAACAUCGUCACCUUCACCUCCCACGACAUCAACACCGACACCGGCACCGCCAGCACCACGACCCUCAUCCGCCGCCUCGAGACGACAGCAGCCCGCCCUGUCCUCCAGCUUGCGCACACCCCUCCGCAACCGAGACCAAAAUGUCCUGAACCCCUCUCGCCCUAUCAACGCCGCGCGAGCGAAGCCGUCGCCCACCCCGUCACCCACAUCCUCAGCGUUCGCUUCCGCAUCCUCUACACCCACCAUGCCCCCCUACGAGAAAGGGGCAGCACAACUACCCGCCAGCCCGCCAUGCCUUCCCUCAGCGCAAAGGCAAUGGGCCGAACUCCCCUGACCCCCAAAGUCGCUGCAAAACCCUCGCCCGCCGUGACCCCCUUGGGUCGUCGCCGCAACGAUAAUCCCAAUAAUAACAACCACCACCCGCUCCCCCACACAAACGGCGGAGGCGCCAGGGACGACCUGACGAGCCCGGCUCCCUUCCUGGCCGCAACCAACGUCACCCCUCGGUCGGGCAGUCGCCAGAGCCGUGUCAACAGUGCAAACACGACCCCGAACGGCACCCCGAACCCGGACAGAAAUGAGUGGGAUCACCAACCGACACUCGAGCCCCCGAGGCGCCAGGUCGUCACCUUCAGCCCGCCCUCCAGCGUCGGCAGUCGGAACGACGCACCCGAAUCCAAAUUCUUCUAUGCCAGUGAGGCGAAGCCUUCCCAGCCGGCUCCCCAGCCGAAAGCCCAGCCAAAACCUAUGGCUCCUGCCCAGCGAGGCUCGACCUUUAUGUACGCCAAUGGCAGCGCAGUCGAGACGAGCAGGCCAACAUCCCCCGGCGUCGGGUUUACACCAGUGCUGGCACCGUCGCUCGCACCAUCCCUCUCCCCAUCUCUUGCCCCGACCGCGGAACCGCCGUCGAGCAAGUUCUUCUAUGCGAAUGGAGCCCCUAAUCUACAGCCCGGGUUCCGUCCAGCCUCUGCAGCUUCAGGGACCGGGUCGGUCGCCUCGGGGUCCAGCAGGCUGCACAGGACAUCAGCAGGCUCGGCGAGUGGCUUCCAAAUGGCACAGCGGCCCCUUUCGCCGAACAAGCCAGCCCAAGCUCCGACGUCUGCGCCGUUACUGAAGAGCAACAGUAUGCCUCCCCAUACUGUCGGCCGAUCACAGAUGACAAGUCCGCCGCCACUCGUAGCAUCACACAAGCGUCGGACGAGCACCGAUACGGUUUCGCAAGUGGCUAGCUACGUUGGGGCAGAGGCCCCAGCAACGGACGCCAUGAUCAUGUCCAGAUUCAUGGCCUCACAAACGUCGACUCCCUCCGAGAUGCCUUCCCCGACAGCACCGAGCUUCUUCCCCCAGCAGCCGAUCACUAUUGCGUCGAUAAUACAGGCGGCGGACGAUCUGGAGGACGAGGACGAGGACGAGGACUCGGCUGACGAGUCCAAGGACUUGGACGACCCCCACAGCCCGACCAAGUCGUCGCCCGGCGACCCCUUGAACGACAUGGUCCUCAACGCGAGAAGAGAGCGCAAGGUGCAGGAUUUGGAGAUCACCAACGCUUCGUUGGAAGCCAUCAACAGGUCCUUGGAGAGACAGCUACGGAAACAGACGGCAGAAUUGAGGAGAUACAAGAGGCUGUCACGCUCGGGGCGCCUGUCAGCUCCUACCUCUGCGGCAUCCAGCCGCGUAUCUUCAGAAACCCAGCCUGGGGGUCUCGGCAUCGAUGGGCUGGACUUGUCGGACCUCAGUGAAGAUGAGGCGGAGGACGACUUGGAAGAGAUGGACGAUUCAAUGUUUGAGUCGUCUGAACUGUCCGAGACGGACUCGACAUCACACGCAAGUCCCAGGCAGGACACGGAUCGGUACGUACGCCGCCGUACUCGGGACGAGAAGCGCCUGAGGCUGGAUCUUUCCAAGCACAGGGAGCUGCUUGUCGACAGCCAAAAGAUCAACCAGAGCAUCAAGAGAUGCUUGAACUGGACGGAGGAGCUCAUCAAGGAGGGCAAGAAGGCUCUCGAGUACAACGUCCGCCCCAGCGACGUGGAGCUGCCUCCACGGGUCCUCCGCCCGGCGUAUCUGGAGGAGGACGAGGGGCGGGGCCAGAGGAACGAGUUCUCGGUCUCAUUACCAAGCAGCCCGGUAGAAUCCACGAGGAGUCUUUCGCCGCAUUGGAGCAAGGAGCCGCAGGACCGCGAUAGCGGAAUCGAGCUGCCUGCAGACAGCAGAUGA